GAUAAUCAUGAUUAGGGAGAAAAAAACUUGUAACAGAUCGAUACAACUUAUGGCGGGAAUGAAGCCGCAUUCCCUCCGAAUUUUCUCACGCUAAAUUCAAGUCCUAAUCACGCUCUUCUCUUCUCCCUUCAUCAUUAUCCAAAAUUCCAAAACCCUAAUCGAAAAAUUCCAAUUCUACGCGAUGCUCGCUCCCGUCACGGAUCUCAAUCCCUCCGACAAUCCCGCCACUCCGCCGGUCCGUAAUGUCCGCCGGAGGUUGGUCCAAUCAACGCUCUUCCCUCACAAGCCUCCACAACCCCGCAACAAACCAGAGGAAAACGGCGAAAGCAACGACGAACAAGACGAGGAUUACUGCGAUACGAAGAAUCGCAGGAAGAGAAAAUCUAAAGGAAAAAUCACUUCUGUAAAUAAAGGUUCCAAGAGUGCCACACCAAAGAAAAAUUCUAAUGGAAAGAGACAGAGUAAUGGAAAAAUCUCUAUAGCUGAUGCAAUUAUGGGGUCAACGUCGCGGAAUGUUUUGUCUGAUUUUGAUAAGGCUGUUAUACCUAAGCCUGAUUUGCGGUUAGAGGCAAAAUUGUCAGCUGAGGAAAAUUCAAGGAUGUAUGCAGGACGGCAAUUACAUCCAAUUUUUUCAUCGUGUAAAGCGGGGAAGAAAGUUCAAGAGCUGUCUGAACCAGGAAGUAAUGUAUUCAAAGCUAAGGGUGAGGAUGAGGAUGAAAGUAUUACCUUUGCUCCUAUUCAUGUUUUUGAAAAUAUCAAGGAUGAUACCUCAUCCCUAGACUGGAGAAACUGGACAUUUUUGGGAAAUUCCACUUAUGUGAACAGUGGUUCAGAAAGUUCAAAUUCAUCUAUUUUGGGGGGUUCUGUCGAAUGCUUAAAUUUUGACAAACUUCUUAGUACUUUGGAUCCAGUGGGAGCUUCAAGUUUUCAGAAUUCCUCAAAUUCCUUGGAUAUAUUUUCUAUGCAUCCAGAAAAUAUGCAAGAAACAUCACUGCCAAACUCAACUUUACUAGAGGAGCAAACAAUAAGUGAUCCGAUGCCAAAAGAUGCCAAAGUGGACAUGGAGUUGGAUGAAUCUGGUACAUUUUCUGUUGAAGCUGGCUAUUUUAGAAAGUCACAUACUGAUGAGCCGUUGAGUAGAUUUCUUCAAGAAAGUCUGAGGUCAUACUAUGUUGGUUGUGAGGAUAAGGCAGAAGGCAGUUUAUGGACAUACAAAUACAAGCCAACUAAGGCCGUUGAGGUAUGUGGUAAUGAUGAAGCUGUGAAGUUCUUGAGUGACUGGCUACAUCAGUGGCAUGAAAGACGUUACAAACCCAGGAAGGAUACGUCUAAUAGGGAUACAAGGGUCAUUCAAGAUGACGAUUAUGAUUUUAUCUGUUCUGACAGUGACUAUGAUUCAGAAGAUAUGAAUGAGGAGGAUUCCCUGCAGAAUGUUCUUUUAGUUACAGGACCAAUAGGGAGUGGCAAGUCUGCAGCAGUCUAUGCUUGUGCCCAAGAGCUAGGCUUUGACAUAUUGGAGCUCAAUGCAUCAGAUUGUAGAAAUGGGACUAUUGUCAAGCAAUAUUUUGGAGAUACUCUUGGUUCACAUGGGUUCAAAAGGUUAUCAGAACACACUGCGAGUUCACAGAAGAUUACUACAAAGUUCCCCCAAGCUCCUGCUUUGGUUAAUGGUAAAGCUGCAGAUGAGGUGAAUGAUGGAGUAGUUGAACUAAUAACCAUAUCUGAUGAUGAAGCUUGUAACCCUGGUGAAACAUCACAAAAGUUACAUGGCAAGAAUACUGUUGCUUGUGAUAAAGUCCAGACUUUGAUUCUAGUUGAGGAUGUGGACAUACUUUUUCCUGGAGAUCGUGGAUGUAUUGCUGCCAUACAACAGAUUGCCGAGACAGCAAGGGGUCCAAUUAUAUUGACCAGCAAUAGUGAGAAUCCUGGCCUUCCAGACAAUUUUGAUAGGCUUCAUGUUUCGUUCUCAUUGCCAACACCAAAGGAGUUGAUUUCCCAUCUGUACUCUGUUUGUCUCAGAGAAGGAGCCGACAUCCAUCCACUUCUACUGGAGAAGUUUAUACAGUCCUGUGAUGGAGACAUCAGGAAAACCAUUAUGCAUCUUCAGUUCUGGUUGCAGAGUAAAAUAUAUAGAAAAGAUCUAAAAGCACAUACAGGCUAUGUCUCACUUCCAUUUGAUCUUGAGGUUGGUCAUCAGAUACUACCCAAGAUAAUGCCGUGGGAUUUCCCCUCAGAGAUAUCCGAACUAAUUGAGAACGAAUUUGUCAAAUCAGUAAAUAAAACGGAUGAGAAUUCCAGUUUGCAAGGGUUAGUUGAUGAAGAGCUUCUUCACAUAAAUGAAAGUCAAAAUGAUUUAGAUGAGCAGUAUAUGGAGACUCAUUAUAUAAAAGCCAAGAAGGUGGAGAUGAUUCAGAGAAAUGGGUCUAUAACAGAUUACAGUGAGCUUGAAAUUCAAUGCAAAGCUAUUUCAGAGUUUUCCAAUUCUUCUGGAUCCCCUGUAGCAUCCUAUCUGCAAAAUGGUCGAAGGAAACUUGUAGUAGUGUCCUCUGAUUCUGAAGAGGAGGAUUCAAAUAAUCGAUAUCCUCAAGACACAGACGAUGAAGCUAACAACAGACAUUCCAUCAAAGGAAAUAAUGAAUGUACCUCUGAGUUUCAGUUGAAUGAUAGUUUCCCCAGCACAUCUGUUCGUAAACUGGUUUGUUCUGAAUUGGAGGAUUCAGAUGAUGUACAUGUUAAAUAUUCAGAAUCAGCUGAUGUUAAUUGCAUAAAUGAGACAUCUAAAUCAUUUGAUAUAUCCUGUGUACCAGAAUCAACGUUUGUUGUUGAGACUGCAAUUGAAAAUGGAACCGAUACAAUGUCUGGAGUGGUGUCUUCUGGCCACUGUCUGGAAGUUUCUAUGAAUAAUGAGUUUAAACCGUUCACUUCAAGUGUUCGCAGGCGCUUAGCAAAAUUGUCAGAAAAUUCAGAUAUAUUGAUGGAUACUGAAGUCCCAGAUUCUUCUCCAAAAGAAGCUCUGCAAGAUUUUGUAGAUGAAUAUAUGGAAACUACAAUUACCAAGGUGAUGGAUGAGUGCAGUCGUGUGGAUUUCAAACUAAAGUCAACAUUUGUUGAGUCCAGUCCAUCAUUGGAAACAGAUGUGGUACAGAAUUUGUGGGAAAAACUCCGACAAAUGGAUUUAAAACAGCAUGCUAUCUCAGAACAGUUAGGUGUUUCUCAAGUUGUUAAACUUGCUAGUGGCUUGAGCAAUCUAAUUUCAGAAGUGGAUUUGUUUCAUAAUUACCAACAUAAACAUGAUAUUUUAGAGCCCCGAAGCUUCGUUUCUAAUGAAACUACAAGUAGUUGGUACAAUGACGAAACAAUGAUGUCCAGUGUUGCUGUGCAUGGGUUUUGUUUUUAUGUUAAACUUAUAGCAGAUGUUGGAUCAAAGCUAGGUUGUGCGAAUAGGAUUGAUUUAACUUCAGAGGUGUUGGCUUCCACAACUAAUACUAUGGCGUUGGGGAAAUUAUCCAGACUGGAUAUUGCCAAAAGCACAGCUAUUUAUACUGGGAAGGAAUUAGAGUUGAACAAUCCAAUAAAUAAUAUGAAGAGUGAAAAUAAAGCAUCUCUGUUUGAGGUUGUCGAAUCCAUUGUUCCUGCAAGAAUAUCCUUAGCAUUGAAAGGUGAUAUCUUCAAUGAAUAUCUCUCUUCAUUGCGCCAAAUUUCAAGGUCAGACGCAGUCCGUGUUUCGCAAGGUGUCGAAAAGAAGAGAAGAGGAAGGUCGCGGGGUGCUCAACAUUAUUUGAGCAGAUGCACAACACUGUCUCCCGAAGAUAUAGCGUUGGUCAGUGAUGAUUUGUACAGGAAUGUUUCCUCACAACAUACAACUAAUGUGGAAAGUAAACUACUAUAGCAUAGGUUUAAUAAUGCAGCUAUUGACUUUGAUAAAUUGGCAAAAUGGUUGCUAUCAGCGAGCCUGGAUCCUCUCCUUCACAUUACAAAGAGAUGGAUAAUGGAGAAUAGGGAAUUGAAGGGUAAAAAGAGAUAAAAGAAGAGAACAGAUAGAAAGAAUGGAGGGAGUGAAGGAGAGAGAGAUAGAAGGAGAGGAUCCACAUCCGCUAUAAGCAACUACAACUACAAGUACGCUCCUGUGAUUCGGAAACCAGUGUUGCCGUAACGGCAUGCAUUGGAAUGUAAGAAAAUGAGGCAAGGGGCCGAUUGGAACACACCGUAGGAUGUUGAAGUCCAUGUAGUUUGUUUUUCCCAAUAAUGAUUGUCUUUAGGUUGAGAUUGUAAAUUAAACUAGAAGAGCAGUUGAUAGAAGUUAGAAGAGAUGGGAAACUAGUCACUGUAGUCAUGCUUUUGUAAAGCUUAAAUUAGUUAUUGUCUUUUUAUGCACUA